ACCUCCGAGGUUCAAGGCACAAAAGAAGUAGCCAACGCGGCCUUGGGUGACUUCGACAUCGCGUUCAAACUGGAGGAUGGGCAAGUCCUCUCCGCGCCAGGUCCGGUGGGCAAUCCUAUGUGGCGGAGCCCAGAGGCGCAAGUCGGCUGUGGCCUCACGAUGGCCAGCGACAUUUUCUCGUUCGGACUUGUGUGUCUGUACGCCAUGGGAGCCGGUGACAUGCUCAUCAUCGACCCGAAAGUGCUGGAAUUCCUCGGCAUGAGCCCAGAAGAGGAAGUGCUGUCGCGCCACGUCGAGUACUUUGGUCCCGCGAGCGAUGUGCUCUACAAGCGAAUCGGAAACGAAGCCGGGCGGGCCUUUCUGAAGAAAACGAUCAAUGCGUCGACCGUGCCGUAUGAGACCGAUCCCGAACGCAGACUCACACACUGGGAAGAAGAUCUAGGUCCUGUGGCGCUGGAUAUCAUAGGCAGGAUGACUUCGAUGGAUCCGCCCGCCCGGCCGACGAUUACGGAGAUCUUGGAGCAUGCUUGGUGGCGGGAGGAAAAUUGA